ACUUGGGUCCUCCGAACCCCUUUAGUGCCGGAUUCCAGGCUGCUGGCAGCUGGGGAACAGCACAAGAUCAGAACCUCUGGAUGGACACGCCCUGGGAAGCUUUGCUCUUUUGCCGCUGCUGGAUCAUGCUCUUCAUUCACAACUGUCUGUCAGCAUAGUCGUGACCUCAUUUCUCAGUGGUGGCAGGUGUCAGCUCCGAAUUCUAACUAAAAAAGCACCUUGGAUCCCAGUCUUUCAAUGGCGGCCAGACAACCAGAAGUGCCUGCUCUUGGGCCUAGUGGGCCCCUAGGCAAGAUGUCCCUGCCCAUCGGGAUGUGCCGCCGGGCAUUCAGCUAUGACGAUGCCCUAGAGGAUCCCGCACCCAUGACCCCUCCUCCAUCGGACAUGGGCAGCAUCCCUUGGAAGCCGGUGAUCCCAGAGCGCAAGUACCAGCUCCUCGCCAAGGAGGAGGGAGAGGCCAGUGUGUCCCCCCCUGCCGAGGCCACUGAGGGUGCCGACAAGGUCCCUGUGGUGAAGGCCAAGGCCACCCAUGUCAUCAUGAAUUCUCUGAUCACAAAACAGACCCAAGAGGACAUCCAGCGUUUUGAGCAACAGGCAGGGCUGCGAGAUGUGGGCUACACACCCCACAAGGGCCUCACCACGGAGGAGACCAAGUACCUCCGAGUGGCCGAGGCGCUCCAUAAACUGAAGCUACAGAGUGGGGACCUAACAAGAGAGGAAAAGCAGCCUGCCUCAGCCCAGUCCACCCCGAGCAGCACACCGCAGUCUUCGCCCAAGCACAAGGCCAGAGGCUGGUUCACCCCUGCAUCCUCCAUAGCCUUGCCUGGGCCAAAUCCUAGCACCAUGGAUCCCGGAAGCGGGGAUAAGGACAGAAACGUGUCGGAUAAGUGGAGUCUCUUUGGGUCGCGAACCCUGCAGAAGUCUGAUUCUGGAGGUUUCACCAUCCAGGCCUACAAAGGGGCGCAGAAGCCCACCCCCAUGGAGCUGAUCCGGGCUCAGGCCACCCGACCCGCCGAAGACCCAGCCACCUUUAAGCCACCCAAGAUGGAUGCCCCCAUGACAGAAGGGAAAAAGCCAGCACCGCGGACCCAUACCCUCAAACCCCGCGACUUCAAUGUGCUCACGCCCACUGGCUUUUAGCACACUCCCCUCCUGGGAAUUCUCCCAUCUUGCUUCUGACAUAGGAGUGGUAUCUUCUUACCGAACCUGGUCUACUGAAGCUGGAGCUAGACACAUCCAGUGAUUUUUGAGCAAACAGUAGUGCACCUUUAUCCUAGUGUGAAGGAAAUCUGUACUGAUGUAAGUUAUGUGGGGAUCUCAUGAGGUGAACAACAGAUUGACUUUUGCUUUAAUAGGUAAAUUAUGUUUAGCAACUCCCAAACCUAACUCUUCUUUCAUUAUCAUCAUCAUGACCAGUGGCGUCCAUGGAAUGCUCGAUUUCUUAGGGGCUCAGGGUCCUGUUUGAGUUCUCAGCAGUGAACAUGCACAUUGGCAGGGCCCUCUUUCUAGACUGGAACUAGAGGGACCCCCCCAUUUUUUUUUUUUUUUUUUUUUUGCCAGUCCCGGGGCUU